GUCCACCCGCACCAAGGGCGUUGCUCUAAAACCCUAGCAAACCCUGCUACUGACUGCUAGUCCACUAUCACCGCCUUUGCUCCACCACCGCCGGCGGCGAACAUCGAGCCCUAGAAAUGACAGACGUGGAAAUGUCCCGGUCGGAGAAGAAGAAGAAGAAAAAGCACCGCUCCGAGGAAGAGGCCCAGUCCGGGGAGCCCGACUCCGCCGCCGCAGCUCAGAAGGAUGCCGACUUUAUGAUCAAGCCACAGAGCUUCACGCCAUCGAUAGACACCUCACAGUGGCCGAUCCUGCUGAAGAACUACGACCGUCUCAACGUCCGGACCGGACACUACACCCCGCUGCCGUCGGGCUACUCCCCACUGAAGCGGCCUCUGGUGGAGUACAUCAGGUACGGCGUCCUCAACCUCGAUAAGCCCGCGAACCCAUCCUCCCACGAGGUGGUCGCGUGGAUAAAGCGGAUCCUGCGGGUCGAGAAGACGGGCCACAGCGGGACUCUCGACCCGAAGGUCACCGGGAAUCUCAUUGUCUGCAUAGACAGGGCCACCCGCCUCGUCAAGUCCCAGCAGGGGGCCGGGAAGGAGUACGUGUGCAUCGCCCGCCUACACUCCGCCGUCCCCGACGUCGCCAAGGUCGCCCGUGCCCUAGAGACCCUCACCGGGGCCGUGUUUCAGCGGCCUCCCCUGAUCUCUGCCGUCAAGAGGCAGCUCAGGAUCAGGACAAUCUAUGAAAGUAAGCUCCUUGAGUACGACCCCGACAGGCAUUUGGUGGUGUUCUGGAUAUCCUGCGAGGCUGGGACCUAUGUAAGGACUAUGUGCGUCCAUCUGGGCCUGAUUCUUGGGGUCGGGGGGCAUAUGCAGGAGCUGAGGCGUGUCCGGUCAGGCAUUCUCGGGGAGAGGGACAAUAUGGUGACGAUGCACGACGUGAUGGACGCCCAGUGGGUGUACGACAACUACCGGGAUGAGAGCUACCUGAGGAGGGUCAUCAUGCCGCUCGAGGUCCUCCUGACGAGCUACAAGAGGCUGGUGGUGAAGGACUCUGCCGUGAAUGCGAUAUGUUAUGGUGCUAAGCUGAUGAUUCCAGGGCUGUUGAGGUUUGAGAAUGAUAUAGAGGUCGGGGAGGAGGUUGUCCUCAUGACUACGAAAGGGGAAGCCAUUGCCUUGGGCAUUGCUGAGAUGACCACUGCUGUGAUGGCGACUUGUGAUCAUGGCGUGGUGGCGAAGAUCAAGAGGGUGGUUAUGGAUAGGGAUUCUUACCCGAGGAAGUGGGGGCUGGGCCCACGUGCCUCGAUGAAGAAGAAGCUGAUUGCCGAUGGGAAGUUGGAUAAGCACGGGAAGCCCAAUGAGAAGACCCCUCAGGAAUGGCUUCGGAAUGUGGUCCUUCCAACUGGUGGAGAUGCUAUGGUGGCCGGUCUUGCUGCCGUAACUGAACCGGUCAAGGCAGAAAAGAAUGGGGUUUCAGUCGUGGUGAAGGAGGAGGAUACAACGAAGAAGAGGAAGUUGGAAGCUAGUGAUGGCGAUGGUUCGCUUCCUCCUAAGAAGUUCAGGGUAAAAGAAGAAAAGGCCGAGGAAGUCGAAAAGGAAGAGAAAAUGAAGGUCAAGAAGGUAAAGGAAGAGACAGUGGAGCUUGAGGUUGAGAGAAGCGAGAAGAAGAAAAAGAAAAAGAAGGAUAAGGAGAAUGGUGAUACUCCUCCAUCUUUGGAUGAGGAGAAGACCAAGAAAGAGAAGAAGAAGCACCACAAGUCGAAGGGCGAAGCUGGUUCUCCGGACAUGGAGAAAUCUGAAAAGAAGAAAAAGAAGCAUAAGGAUGCUGAGGCUGAUAAUGUCGAGGAUGCUAACGAGGGUACUACGGAGAAAAAGAAGAAAAAGGAUAAGAAGAAGAAGAAAGACGGCGAGGAUGAAUGACCCUGAGGAAAGGCAUUGUUGUUCUGACCUAAUCGAUCAUACCAGUUUGUGAUCUCGUUUACCGCUAGGAGUCAGAAGGGCUGUUGCCUGUUGUAACUUAUCGAUGCCUUCCGGGCUGACUGAUUUUGCAGCUUAGUCUCUUCAAUGAGUAUCUUUCUCAAUUUCAUUUCAUCUUCUCUGAAUUGUUGCUUGCCCUUUUGUGUCUUUGUGCUGCGAUUUCGUUACUUUUUGGACUGUCAUAAUUGAGAAGGAUCUGACCCCAAUCUGUUCAGCCGAUGAAAUGUAACUUGCCACGGAAAUGUUAUCAAAGGGCAAUUCUUA